UACGUAACCGACUGUUUGCGACUGUUCCGCCAUAUUGUGUAUGCAGCGCGGGUCAGUGGCGCGUGUAUACGGGUCUCUCGUCAACAUUUUCUUUCUCGCGUCAAACGUAGGGUGUGCAUGAAUUUACCUGUCCUGCUAACGGGGCAUAUCGCGCGCGCAUGAUGGAUCCGUCUAAGUUGAAAGUAGUGGAGUUACGGGCCGCGCUCGCUCAGCGCAGCCUCGACACCAAGGGCAACAAGCCAGUGCUUGUCGAGCGACUACGCAAAGCUUUGGAAGAGGAAACACAGGAGUAUGGUUCAGCUUUGCAUGCAGAAAAUAUUGAUGAUACAGCUUUGAAGGAAACACAAGAGACAGUGGUGGAAACUAUGCGAUCGUCACAAUCACCGAGAACACCUAGUAGAGCUUCUAGAAGUGCUUCGAUGACAACUCCAACAAAAAUUUCCACGAGAAAUGCAUUGAGAACAUCUACUACACCAAAUUCUUCUAAGCAAUCUCCAAGCAAGCCUCAGUAUGGUGAAGAACCUGUAAUACAACAAGAGGAAAUGUCAAAAUUGUCUUCUGAAAAGUAUAGAGAAGAGCAAAAAGAUGAUACGUCAAACAUUCUUCAGGACAAAAUAUAUUCAUCAAUAUCUGAAAAAUAUGAGGAGGAAGAGGCAAAACGUGUUAAUAUUUUAGAAGGUAACAAGUGUCGAGCAACUAUUUUUGAAGUACCUGUGACAGAACCGUCUGAAAAAUUUAGUACAAUUGCAUGUGUAGAUCAAUUUUCUAUAACUCGUGAGGAUCACGAAGCAAAGAGAUCUAGUAUAAAUGACGAUGACAAAAUUCCCCAAUUAGCUACAGAGAUGAAAGAUGUUACAGAAUUGGAAGAGAAAACAGAGAUUAAAGAUACAGAUAUCGGUAAAAUACAAGACACUUUUGAGGAAACUAUUAAAGAUAAAAUUUUAACUGAGAGAGAAGACAAACGUGCAGAGGAUAAAUGUAACAUUAAAGACAAUUUAGACAUUCCAGAAAUUAAACAACCAACACAUGUAAUACCCGAUCAGGUAGAAGAAACGUUUGAUGCUGAAUUAAAGCAGGGAGAAAAGACUAUUCGUGAUAAUUAUGCAAUGCAAGAUGAAAAAAUCGACACUUUAGUUAAUGUGGAAAAUUUAGAUGAAAAAACUGAUACUACUGAUAUUUUACAGGAUAAGAUAGAUGCUACAUUAAAUACAGAAGAAUCAAAUCAAAUGGAAUGCAAUGAGAGGAAAAGAAAAAGAUCGCCUAGUCCAGUGGAAGUCAGUCAACUGUCUCCUGUGUCCGCGCCGAAAACGGAGGACGAACCAGACUUUGACGAAUCAGUUGUAAUUUUAUCAUGGUAUGAUUCAGAUUUAAAUUUAAUUAUUGAUAAAGAUCAAUUUCUCUCCGCUACACCUAUGCACGAUGGAGAUCUUUGUGAUAUGUGGGCUGGUGCAAGAGCAUCUCAUGGUGUCUUAAAUGGAAAAGUCUAUUACGAAGUUAGAGUUACGCAGUACUAUCCUGUUAUUACGAAAGAUGAAAAACCUUCGUAUAUGCUUAGAAUUGGUUGGUCAGUACCCUCUACAUCCAUGCAACUUGGCGAAGAAAAAUUGAGUUAUGCAUAUACGAGCGCUGGACAGCAGGGUACCGACAGGAAGUUUACAGACUACGGUUCCCCAUUUGGCAAAGAUGAUGUUGUAGGCUGUUAUCUUGAUAUGACGCCUGAGAAUACUGUAGAAUUGUUUUACACAUUAAAUGGCAAGAACAUUGGAUCUGCAUUUAGCGUCUCCAAAGAAGAGCUUGGUGAUAGACCGUUAUUUCCACACAUUCUAAGUAAAAAUUGUACCUUUGUCUGUAAUUUUGGCCAAGGGGAAACAUGGUGCGACCAAGUUGCAGGAUAUAUUUUUGUGGGUAAUAUCGAAUCCAAGGACAGAGUUGCAGGCCCGCGUAGACCAGAUGGAAAAGCAGAUUGUGAGGUGAUAAUGAUGUGCGGUUUGCCCGCAGCGGGAAAAACUACCUGGGCAAGGAAGCAUGUGGCUGACCAUCCAGAUAAAUUAUAUAAUAUUUUAGCUCUCCAUAAUUUGAUUGAGAAAACUGGGGACAUUGCUCUGUCGGAUCAAGAGCAAAACAUCUGUCAGCGAGAAAUUAUCGAUAGAUGCACUCGUGCACUCGAUCAACUAAUCAGUGUAGCAUGUGGUAGGAGGCGUAACUAUAUAUUAGAGCAGAAAAACAACAUAUAUUCUUCUGCACAAAGACGUAAAAUGCGGAAUUUCUGUGGAUAUCAGCGGAAAGCAGUCGUUAUUAUACCAACAAAUGAAGAAUACACUCAACGUUUGUCCACACAUAAUACAAUUGAAGGAAAGACUUCAGAGUCUGAUCUUACAGAAAUGAAAGCAAAUUUCACUGCACCAUUGGUGGGAGAAUCUUUCGAUACAGUAGAGUGGAUUGGUCUUGAUGAGGAAGAAGCUAAGAAGCUUAUUGAGAAAUAUAACAAGGAAGGUAAAAAUGCUGGAUUCAAUCAACAAUCAAUGGCAAAACGACCACGUCUUGAUAAGACUGAGGGUAAUAAAGAAACGCGUGACUCGCGAAACAGCCGAGAUCGAAGAAAUAAUUAUCAAGAUAGAGGUCGUAAUCCUUCCUGGCGUGGUCCCAAUAUGGGAGGUUGGAGAGGAGAGAGACCUCAAAGAGGUGGUUACAUGAGACACACUGGUGGCUACGGACCUCCUGUCCCAUGGAGGGUACGAGGACGAGGCGGACCUGCGAUGGUGCGAGGAGCAGACAGAAGAAUGGGUGGAGUUGAUAGGAGACCAGGAAAUGACAGAAAUCGAUCUGCUACACCCAGACAAGGUGGUUGGGGCCCUAUGAGCGGGAAUUAUCAAGGAUCACAGCAAUCCAGUUGGGGUCAACAGGAUAAUUGGUCAGGUAAUCAAGCCCAAGGAAAUUGGAACCAACAAAGUGGCUGGGGACAACAACAGUGGGGAGGUGGUUGGAAGGGAUAUGGUCAAGGCACAUACGGUCAGGCAGGAUAUAAUCAACACGGAUACGGCAACGGUAAUUGGAAUAGCUGGAAUCAACAGUAUUACAACAACCAGUAUUGGGGUCAACAACAACAGAGUGGACAAACUACUGCAGCUGGCGGUCAAGCUGAGAUUAGAAGCGACAUGGUUGCAACAACUUCUACCAAUGUGGGAACAGAAUACAAUUACUCACAAGGAUAAUAGACUUUUGUGCGAGGACGAGUAUAUCCGUUCUCAUCCUGCGACCACCACGCAGCAAUCUCAUUCACAUAAGUAGAAAAAACAACUAAUACCAUACGCGUUAUAUACAUCACACACACACACGCGCGCGCGCGCGCGCGCGCGUUUACAAUACAAAUGUUUGAGUUUUUUGCGACAUCAUACAUAGAAUGUUACAUCAACAUAACAGCGGACACAGAUACUAUUGCGCUUUCUUAGCCUCGACAAAGAAUGGCACGAUUUAUUCAUCUGUCACACCCGUGCACAAGGACAUAACAAGCAUUAUAAAAAUAAUUUUUUAUAUUGGGACGCAUUUUUUUGUAUUGGGACAAAUGCAUGUAUAAGAGAAUCGACAUUAAAAGAAAUUUUGAUUUCUUACUGGAGAAACAUAGGUCUAAUAAUAUAAGUGCAUUAACGGUAAUGUAACAUUCACAAGAAAGAAUGUAACUUUUUAUCGCAUCUUUAAAAAUUGUGAAGAAGAAAAGUAAGAGAAAGAGGAAGAGUACUACGUAUGGGUACAAACCACGCAAGUAGUAUUAAAAGUCGAAAAAAAUGAUAGCAAUCACUCUCAAAAGCUCGUGUAAAUAUGUACAGAGAUCUAAAGUAAAGAAAUUAUGCAAAAAAAUAUCGAUCUAUUUAUAUAUUGAAUAGAUGAAUAGCGAAUUCACUUAAAUGUAUUAGUACAUAUUACAAGCUGUUGUAUGCAAAUUGACAUGAUACCAUGCAUAAAUAAUUUAACUCUAGAUAGAGUUUCUGAAAUCUUUGCGUGGGACAUAAAUUAUAUAUUAUAUUUAUAUACUAUUUAAUAUAUUAUUUGUUAGUCAUUUCAUCGCAAUUGCUUAUGUUUUUUCUGAUUGUCCUGAUUGAUUGAUUAGCAUGCGACAAGCUUUAAUCUGCAUUAGUGAAUUCGCUAAUAGUGAACUUUUAGCAGUGCCCUUUUAGAAAGAGAAAAAAUAUAUUGUUUAUCUGUAUUCUUAUCUUUCUACACCGCUGAUAAUGUACGAAAAGAAAAAUAUUGUGGCGCAAAUAAAUUAUUCUUGGACACACAU